GGGUGGAACUGACAGAGGGGGGCGAGGCUGUCAGGGAAAGGGAAAUGAAGGAGUAAGCAAGAUUGUGCCUGCAAACACUGAUUCACUCUCUCAGAGCACAGCUGACAUUAAAAGAAGACAGGCAUGGUUGCAGACGAACCGGAGGACCGAACGAGGAGCGAGUGAGGCAAACAACGAGCAAUCAGCAGCCAACCUUGGCCACCUUAUCUUUUUCAUCUAUAUACGGAAACCACUGGAUAAUUUAUAAGCCUCUCCCUCUCACUGUGUGUGAGAGAGAGAGAGAGUGUGUGAGGCAGAGGGGGGAUCUGCUGUGCUCACCACCACCACCACCACCACCACCAUGCUGUGUCCUGCUGCUGUCAGUGCUGCUGCUGCGGCUGUAUGGCUGCUGGCAGUGCUGGGCCCAGGCCUGUCUCUUCCAGCUGAGGACAACUCUGAGUCAGACUUCACCCUCUGCAGCCACUGCUUCUACAGACAGAAGCCUCCUCGGGGAGCAUCUGCAGGGCCUCUGCUGCGUCCACUCUGCCACAGACUGCCCGGGGGACAGGCGUUUGCCACUCUGUCCAGACCGACCUGUGACACAGCUGUCUACUCUGCUUUCCAUCUCAGCCACGGAUGGACAGCCAUGGAGGGAGAGGAGGGGGAAGAGUUUGUGAUAGAGGAAGAAGACAAUAUUAAAGUUGCAGUUCCAGCUCUUCUCAGAGGGGUUGGGGAUCCAUCUCAUCCUGUCUCAACCACAGACUCCCCUCUUCAGCACUGGGAGUCUAGAGUCACAACACUAGUUGUGUCAAGCGUCAUUCCACAGUGCAGCACUUUAGGAGGAGAUCUGUACAUCCUGACUGGAGCAGGAGGACUCAGGCCUGCAGAGGAUUGCCAGACAAAGCCGCUGUGGUCUGCAGUGUGCUGCACUGGCCCAGAGGGGAAGGGCGGCUUCAGUAUCGGCUUAAUCAGAGAGACGGAGGAAUGGGAGAGGCAACUGAGUGUGAAGGAGCUGGAGGAGAUUCUAGGAGUGGCAGAGCUGUUCUCAGAAGGCUGUGGAGGAGCAGAGCAGAAGACUCUGGAUAUCAGAGCGGGGCUCCCUGGAAACAUAGAAGAGAUGGGAGCUGAUGCUGAUGGUGCAGAAACAGGCGAUGCAGAAGGCCAAGAUGCAGGAGAGCACUUCGAAGAAGGCAGAGAGGCAACUCAAGAACAGGUGGCUGGUGUUGCGAAAGCUCAGGUUGCUAACGUCGCACAAGAGACUUCAGCAGAUGCAGCGUCUGCUGAGGACAGCAGUGACAAACUACAUGAUGUGGCACAUUCAGGAGCUGACAGGUCACAGUCUCCCAGGUCCUCGAGUGGUUAUGAGUCCGCGGAGAAAUCGGAGACAGACACAAAUUCCACCAGCACUCUGGUCUACAUCAUCUGUACCACCUUGUCGAUCCUCAAAGCUCCUCUGCUUCCUGUGUUUUCUACAGUCACACAGUUACCUGGACAGGUGACCUACGUCCUUCAGGAAGACCUUGGAGUUCUGUCUGCUCUGCCUGGAGACACGCUGACUGUGUUCCACCUCUUGAUCUCCGACCUCCUGUCCGGGAUAGGCUCAGCAGCAGAAAUGCUGCUUGGUAUCGGGGAGACCUGCUUCCUCGGGAUUUACUACUGCACCUCCUCCAUAUCGGGGGCCCUCCUGAGCAGCUGCUACACUGGGGUCACUGGAAUGGGCACCCUGGCUGGAGACACAGUGGGGAUAUUCAGUGAUGCGCUGGAUAAUGCUUGGUGGGUGACCAAGUUUUUUGGAGAGUGGCUGUGGGACCACAGUGAGGGUUACGUAGGAACAGUGAUGUCUGAGGUGGGGGGUCAAGCACAAGCUGUAGGCAAAGGAUUUGGAAGCCUGGCAUGGCGAAGUGGAAAUGGCGUGGGCAAUGUGUUCAGGCUGGGAGGGGGUCUUAUAAUGGGCGUGGUAGAUAUGGCCACCGGUGCAGUAAAAGAGGCCUUUGGGUCGGAGACAGAAGAAUGAAUGGACUAAAGGCCACAUUUAAUGAACAUUUUUAGUUCCAGUUUGGUAUGGGAGUGCGGAAGGUGAUGUUAUUUGAUAUGCCUUAGUUGUUAUAGAAGGAUCACCGGAUGUUUUUGAUUCAAAGGCAGUAAAUUUCAAACGUCUUACACUGUAGGUCUCACACUUCACUGCAGAAAGCUGGCUGUCCAGUCUGUUAUCUUUAAUGGCUGAACCAACUGCAAUUCAACAAACACUGUGCACACUGUGCUUCUGGAUGUAAUUACUCAAGACAAUUCAUGUGUGAUAAAAGUUGCAUCUGUACAUUUAAAUAAAAGUGUAUGCUCACUUGCCAUUA